CCAAGCCCGGGAGGGCACUCCGGCUUCCCCAGGCUGCACCUUCCUGGAUGAUGCUCCCCGCAGACUGGGUGAGGGGGGAGAGGGGCCACCCCGUCCCGGGAGCUCUUGGUGUUCGGGAGGCAAGAUCUGAUUCCAGAGAGCAUGACUAUGUGCUGAGUCAAACCCGCCGCUGGGCUGGGUCUGCAGCCGGUGGCUGAGCACAAUCUGCUGUGGUUAAUGAUUGAUCACUGGCCACCCCGCCUCGCCUCCGCAGCUCCAGAGAGGGCGCUCCUGGAGGGCGGGCCGAGGCGGCAAACGUCCCGGCAGCUGGAGGCUCUAGGGCUGCAAGGCAGACGAAGAGCGAAGAGCGGGCCCAGGGCGCAGAGGGGCAGGGGGAGCUUGGGCCCUCCUUCCUCUGCCCUCCCCCGCCUGCUCACACACACCCCUAAACCCCACCCCCAGCCGCCUGUGGGGCCUCUCCUAGGUUAGGCUACUCCAGGAAGUUUCCAUGAAAGCGCCUGAAAUACUAAGUUACAUUUGCCAGGAGAAUUCGAGUGAGAAAAAAUCCUGCGCCCACUCAGGUGAGUUGCAGCCAAGAACUUUGGGCUCUGCUGGGAGGAGAAGGGGAAGUUGAGAAACUCCUUGGACCUGGUGGCGUUGUCUCUUCCUCAUGGCUUCAGCCGGCAGCCCCGGCAGUGACUGCUCCCAUGUCAUCGAUCACAGCCAUGUCCCGGAGUUUGAGGUGGCCACCUGGCUCAAAAUCACGCUCAUCCUGGUGUACCUGGUGAUCUUUGUGGUGGGCAUCUUGGGGAACAGCAUCACCAUUCGGGUGACCCAGGUGCUGCAGAAGAAGGGCUACUUGCAGAAGCAGGUGACGGACCACAUGGUGAGUCUGGCUUGCUCGGACAUCUUGGUGUUCCUCAUCGGCAUGCCCAUGGAGUUCUACAGCAUCAUCUGGAGCCCCUGGACCACGCCCAGCUACUCCCUGUCCUGUAAGCUGUACACUUUCCUCUUCGAGGCCUGCAGCUACGCCACGCUGCUGCACGUGCUGACGCUCAGCUUUGAGCGCUACGUCGCCAUUUGUCACCCCUUCCGAUAUAAGGCCGUGUCCGGACCCUGCCAGGUGAAGCUGCUGAUUGGCUUCGUCUGGAUCACCUCCGCCCUGGUGGCACUGCCCUUGCUUUUUGCCAUGGGUACCGAGUACCCUCUGGUGAACGUGCCUAGCCACCGCGGGCUCACUUGCAACCGCUCGCGCACGCGCCACCACGAGCACCCCGAGGACUCCAACAUGUCCAUCUGCACCAACCUCUCCAGCCGCUGGACCGUGUUUCAGUCCAGCAUCUUCGGCGCCUUCGUCCUCUACCUCGUGGUGCUGUCGUCGGUGGCCUUCAUGUGCUGGAACAUGAUGCAGGUGCUCAUGGGCAGCAAGCCGGGCGCGCGCGCCGAGAGCGGGAGGCAGCUGCCGCUGAGAAAGGCCGAGAGCGAGGAAAGCAGGACCGCCCGGAGGCAGACCAUCAUCUUCCUGAGUGAGUGCUGGGGCCACCAGGGAGCAGCCCCCCACCCCCACCCCAGCCCGGCCGCAGCCCCUGGUCCCCGUCCCGUGGAGGAGUGGGAGUGUUGCCCCAAACGUGUGAACCUAAGUUCAUGGAGGUGGAAGAGUAGUAUAGCAGGCGGAGGGCAUUGAUCUGGGGCUCUGGACGUUCCUUCUCUCUGUUUGGGGGGUCUCUGGUGGGUUGUGGGGAGAGAGCACACAGGACUCAGGUCUGGGUGUGUGCCACAGCACCGCUGCCGGGACUGUUGGCAGAUCACAAAGUAUCUCGGCUAAAAUGGGGACAAUACUACUGGGAAGUUGCAGGGACAAACUAGGCAAUGCAGGAGAGGUGAAAGUCCUGUGGAAGGGACCACGUUGUGGCAGAGAUAAAGGGCUCGUUCUUAUCUAGCCCUGUCUUUACCCCAGAGAGCCUUUCUCAGGCAAUUAGAUUUUGUUCCCAUUUUCCUCCUCCUUCAGAGAAACCAGGCUGUGGGGGCUACACACUGGCCAGGCUGCUAUUUCACUCCCUGGGUGGCCUCCCCAGGGUGGUGCCGGGGUGUCUGCCGUGGCAGGGUCUGUUCCUUCCCAGAGCAGAGGAACACAGCGGGCGGCCUGUAUACCUGAUCCAGAAAAUCCGAUUUCACAGAUUUUUGGAACUCGAUUGAUCUUCCAGAAUACCUAUGUUCUGGGAGAUCCCAUGCUGAAAAAUCUGCUAGCUUUCUAACCUUGCGUUGUGAUACAAAGUAUUUAAAGUUGAGGCCUUUUCUGUAUUUAAAGAAAGUAUUUGAAGGGAGCCCACAGGUCUGUAGGCCCCAGAGUGGCCUUGCUGGCUGCCCCCUCGGAAACUGGGCUUCACUGGAGACACAUGAAGUGUGUGUGAGCAAAGGGUUUUAAAAAGUUUUUUUUUGUUUUUUCUUUAGCAGAAACAAGAAAAAGGAAUGCAUUGUGGAUGCGUGAAUGUGAGUCAAGGGGGAGUGGAUAUAACAAAUGUGUCCCGUUCUCCCCUCUGUCCUUACCCCUGUGGCAUCAGGAAAGGAAUAAAUCAUGGUGAUGUUUGUUUUUGGUGUGGGGAACUUGAGCAACAGGUUCCAGGGGACAGGAGUCAGACGUGAGAGAAAACUGGAAGGCACUUAGAGAUGGAAAGAACCGGGUCAUGUGUCAGCCCUGCCCUGGCUUCUGGCAUGCCGGUGACUUUACUCUGUCUUGACUUCACUCUGGGUCUGUGCAAAAUGAGAUGAGAGAACUUAAUACAUGUGCAUGGCUACUCUGCAUCAGAGGUUGUGCUAGGUGUUUUGCAUUUCCAUUUUAUAGAGGAGGCUUAGAGAAGACCUAAUUCACACUCCGAGAGCCUCACCCUGCUUCUUGGGGCAGGGAAAGGAGUGUCUGCCUGCUGCGUCCACAGGCAUGGGGUGAAGGCAAUGAAAUGAGGCAGGACUUUGACAAGGAAGGUGCUAUGUAGGUUAGCCUGGUGGUGUUGCUGCCUCCUAGGGCCAGCCUUUCUGGAGGAACUAUUACCUGGGGCUUUAGGAUCCCAAUUCACCCAACCCAAUUCAAUCUCUAUGACCCACUGACUCAGAAUAUUCCAGGAAGAAAUGGACAUGGACAUUGCAUUUGCUUAAAGCUUGAACAUUUAUUGAAAGGCUAGUUCUCUUUUUUUCCCUACAUAGCCCCUUAGGUGUUUCUUAAAUUGUUAUCUAUCAUUUAUACUUUUGUGUGAAUGAAUUUAAUUUCCUUUUUGUUUUUUGAGUGCGGGAGCGUGCUGGGCACUGGCCUGAGUGGAUGAGAAUUAGGGAGUAGACAGGAAUUAGGAAGUAGUCUUCAGCUACCUUCAAAGGCAUUAAGGCUGCCUUUGACCAAAGGAAAAAAUAAUUAAUUUGCCUAAUCAAUUAUUUGCCUACUCUCGGUGUUUUUUGUAUUUCUCUGAGUAGAUGCCUAUUCUUUCUUCAGUAAGUGUUCCAAGUCAAAGUCAGUUUCCAUUUUGUAGCAUAAAAUCAGAAUGCCACAGACUUUUAUUUAGAGAUGGAUGGGACCUUGGUGAUCAUCUCAUCAUGUUAGUAACCGCCUGGAAUGCGUUUGUUCUCACUGCUGCUCUCAUUCUUUCCUUCUAGCUCUUUCCUUCUUUCUUGUAACUGUAUAUUAAUCACCCACUGCUUUCCGGCAUAAAGACUGUUGAAUGGCAAUCAGGUGCUCAAUGUGCGGUAAUGUCCUGGGGGAAUUUACCGUUUGUAUUUAGCCCAUUUUCUCUGCAGUAGGUUUUCAAAGCAGUUCCCGAAAAAUGUCCUCCUCUCCCAAUGAAUUUCAAAGAGCUUUUAAAAAUAGGAACCUCACUAAUUAACUCAAGUUAGGAAAUAAAUUAAUGGAGUGAAGAGGAAGAAACCGUGGCCUGCAUCCAUCAGAUUAGUACAAUGCAAUUUACUUUGUGGGUUUCAUAAAACUUGUGCUUUGGGGCAUUUUUAACCCAGAACAAAUGAACAUAUAAAUUGUUUACAAAUCGCUGAAUUUAAUGUAGUGAUUUAGCUGUCUUUUUAGUAUUUCAUUUCACAGAUGGAUCAAAUUAAAAUAAAUAUUUGCUCAUUUCAAACAUAUCUUGAAUUUAAUGUGAAAUGUAAAUGACGACAUAGCACAAAAUGUCUUUGGAGCUCUUGAGGCAAUAAAAAAACAAUUACGAAGUUUACUCCUUUGUUGUUAAAAAUGCUAACUUCUGCAUAACAGAAACAAAUUCAUAAAUCUACCCAAGAUGAGGAAGCCCAUGUAGAAAAUAUUAAUUUUCCUUUCUGCAUCUUUCCGUAUCAUGCCUGCCUAGUUGAGGUGCUGGGCUGGCAAAUGAUGAAAACAAAUUGGGAGCUGUGUGAGAGAAAGAGGAGCUGGGAUGCCUACUGGCUCUCCAGCAAUUUGCAGGAGAAACAAUAAUAAUGCAAAAGUGCACAUUCUUGAAAACAGGAGUGUCUUCUCCUUCUUGUCAGCUCAGUGAGAAAUUAGUGUUAGACUUGCUUCCUGUUGCAAGGUUAUGGCUCAUGUGGACAUGGAAUACUUGUCCAAUAUCAGAACAGAGGUUGCUGGGCUAGGUUUCUGCUUAUUCUGGAGAAAAGAAACUGGUGGAUUUGACUCUUUCCCUUGAAUGUUGAGGAUGUGCAAAACAAGGCUUCCUUUCAAGCAAGGCUUUCUAGGACCUUCCAUCUUAUCUUUCUGAUCUCUCCCUUGGAUGUCCAUGGUCCCAACACCGAUAGCAUCUGGGGCCAUGAACACCCAUGUUGUGUCUACUGCAUGGACGGCUUGCUGUCACAUGUCACCCGCUCAAUGUGGAACAACAAAGUAUAAAAUAAAUACAGUUUUAAUUUGUAACUUUCAAGAGCAUAAAGUCAUUGGGACUUGGUUACAGCUACCUCCCAGAGAACUGUAGGGCAGUGACUUGCUUUCAACUAUAGUUAUGAAACAAGACUUUUACAGAUAAUCAUGAAGUUACAAAAUUAAAGAAACAUCAUAGAAGAUUCAGGACUCUAUAAUAAUUACAUUCUUUUGCUCUCUGAUUUGAUCUUCCAAGUCAGAAGGAAAGGGAAGGAGUUACAUCUUGUUCAGGAAUUACAUAUGGACUUGGGUUGCUUAUGGGGGAAUAUCUUGAAUAUGGAUGAUAGCCAUCAUGUGUAUUUGGGUGGAUAAAGGGGUUGAGAGUUGAUGUUGUAAUAGACUACUCUAAAAAGUUGAUAUACAUUUAGAUAUUUGUGGAAUGGGCUAGGAAGAAGAGGGGAGAAGGAGAUCAGAAUCACAUCCUCUGGGGUUUUAGACCCCAGAUUUAGAGACCAAAUUAAAGGAGUGGAGUGGGAGAAAGUGAGACAGAGAGAGAGAGAGAGAGAGAGAGAGAGAGAGAACACUGAGAUGUUGACAGCAGGUCCUCUUGAUCUGAGGACAAUCAAUACCCUAAAAGAACUCUUAAAGUUAGUUCCCUUAAAGUGGGGUCCAAUAUUUCAUGUAAAAAGAGGUUUGAUUUGGAUUUGAAAGUGAAAAUUAUAAGAAGAAACUUACCUUGUAUUUUGUAAAUAAAGGUUGCAAUUACAACCAUAUGUUAAUUCUUGUAACUGUUAUUUAGAAUGACUGUGUGGAGCUCGAGGGCAUGAUUUUUCUGCCCAAGCUAUAUGAUAGCCUUUGUGUUUGAUUUUCUCAGCAAGAGCAUGAACAGGUCUUCUCUUAAUUCUUUGCUAUUUAAAUCACCCUCAUGGAAGCAUCUGUCUUGGCAUUAUCCUUGUCAAUUUUCCAUUCUUUCAGGAUUAACUGGUCUAAUUCAGACAGACCUUCAUUUGUCAGUGGCUUGGCAUUUUAUUCAUCUGUUUCUCCAGCUGCCUUUUCAGUGACUUCCUAAAAUUCUGUAGCCCAUGUGCCGGCCAUAACCAAAAACACAAUUAGUUUCAAAAAUCAAUUCCUAUCCGCUAGUGUACAGCAAGGAUUACACACAAGUGGAUGCCUUGAAAUGCUUCUGAAGUGCCCAUAACAAUUUUUAGGUAGUUGUUUUCUUGACUAGUUUAAGAAAACAUGUUUUCACCAUUAAUUUUCUCAGAAAAGGCUUUUUCUGUGGUGUAAAAGGAUACAUCAACCCAGUCUCUCAGGGAAAUGCCACCAAAAUUAAACUGGUGACUGUUUUAGUGGAGGCUAUUAUUUUAACUCAAAUGUCUGGCUAUUUCAGGAAAAAGUUUUGCCUCAAAUAUUCUGACUAUCGCCUCUCUUCUCUUCUUCCCUUUAAUGAUGUAGAUGAGGCUGUAAUAAAUGGCAUUUCAGGUUUAUGUUUCUAUUUGUGAUAUCUAUCAUGCAUUGCAAGUGGUCUGAGAUCAGCCUGGCAGACAGAUAUAAUAAUGCUGCUUUAUUUUUAUAAUCAGGCUGUCUCAGAGAUUUCAUUUCUCUGCUGGAGAGAGGCAUCGUUUCUGGGGACGGGAACACGGAAGCCCAGUCCCCAUUCGCUAGCAAGCCAGUUCAUCUGUCUCAGUUGCGAGCCUGGCGGGGCUGCCAAACUGAGCAGUGCAGAAACCACUCAGAAUAAAAGCCACUUGUGAGUUGAGACAGUGCAGAGGAAGAAUAUUGAAUGGGGGAGUCGAGGAGCCCUCUCUGGCUGUACUAGGCAAGGCCCCCUGAUCCACUGUUUGGGUGACACUAUCAACUCCCAUUCCUUUUCCUUCCGCCCACCCCACCGGCCAGUCUGCAACCCUGGGACGACCCCGCUGACUCUCCACCUCUGCUCCUUGGCUGCCUCCUGAGCACCAGAGAGAGGACUGGUCCUCAUGGCUGCUGUCCCUUCCUGUAAGUGAAUGGUGUGGCCUUGCUCCCUGGUGCACACCUUCCUUUCCAAGCACCUUCAAAGAGCUCCCGCUCCCCAGCUGCCCUCUCUACUUUGUUUCCAGCGAGCCUCCUCUCUGAGUCAUCCCUGGAAGAACCCGCAUCUGCUCUUGCCCCCCCAUCUGGAAUUGCCCCUGUAUCUGCUCUUGCCCCGGUCUGGCUGCUCUUUCCCCUGCAGCCACUACGAGCUUGUGGACACCCCAACCCACCUCCACCCCCAGCAAACUGCAGCCAGUCAUGGCUUCCUAUGGCCGCGGUGCCAACCACAGACCAAAGCCUUAGACAGAGGCCGUCGCGGCGGCUGCCUCUCCUUACUCUACGGAGUGCCAUUCUCUGCUGGCCUUACUCUGCUCGGGCCACAGUGCAGCGCACCACAGACUGGGGGGCUACAGACGUUUGUGUUCUCACAGCUCUGCAAGCUAUAAUCCUGCAGGGUUGCUUUCUUCUCAGGCCCCGCUCCUUGGUUUGCAAAUAGCUGCUGUCCUGUGUCCUCAAGUGGCUCCUUCUCUGCGCAUCUGCACUCCUCGUGUCUCUGCCUCUUCUCAUAAGGACGCCAGUCCUAUCAAAUCAGCCUUGUUACCUCAUUUUACCUCAGUUACCUCCUAAAGGCCCCAUCUCCUAAAACAGUCACAUUGAGGGUUAGGCCUUCAACAUAUGAAUUUUUGGGGGACUCACCUUAGUCUGUAACACUCCUUAAUUAUUUAUCCCAUUGGCGCCGCUUAAAUUUCUUCAUCACAACAUGGCUGGGCCCUUCACCCUACCCGGCCUGUGUGCCUGUUGUCGCCUCUGAAAUGCUCUUCUGUCCUGCUCUAUGCUCUACCUACCCCUCACCCCAUCCCUUCCCCAAGUUAGUCUCUUUCUCCUCCCUCAGCUCUCCCUGGGGAGGCUGGGCCUUGCUCCCCGACUUCAUUAAACCGUCCUUGAAACAAGACUCACAGUUGGAAUUUCAUAUUUAAUUGUGCGGUCGUUUGAUUGGUGUAUGUCUCCCUUCUAGUUCCUUGAGGGCAGGAGCUCUCCCUAAUUUUGCUGCACGGCGUACCUCCAUUCCAACACAGUGCCUGGCACAUAGCAGAUGGUCAAUGAAUAUUUGUUGACUGAAUAAAUAAAUGAACGAGUCUCAGCCUGGAAUUGAGAAGCACUGUUCUGUUUUCCCUUGGGCAUGCAUUCAGUAGAUGUUUAUCACUCCUCAGAAGUGUUCUGGUUAGUCUAAAGAUGUCAGAAAGGGUCCUGACUCCUCUGAGGCCUCCAAAAAGUCACGUCAUCAUGGAAGACACUUAAGAUUUGCUCUCCCCCGAGCAAAUGAGCAGCAGUCGGUGCCAAUCGGCCCCUGACUAUUAGCUUUAACCGUAUAUACCUGCCAGACACAACCAUGAAAUGCAAGUGAUUAGGGUGGUGUUUGACAGUUCUCGCUAAGCGCUGUUGAAGAGGAUGUUAGCUCAAUGAUACAACUCUAAACAUUAUUUCUUAGCAGGCGAUUUCAUCUGCUUAUUGACAAAAGAGUGCUCAAGAUAAUGGAAAGUGGGGGUAACAUUUUGAAAAUAUUAAACCAAUGUGUUUAUAUUUCUCCCUUAAAUUGCAUUCACUUGCAGCCAUUUCCCUCAAGGAUGAGCCAUGAGGUCUAUCACCCGAGGGCAGGAAAAAGCAGGCACUCCCUGGGACAGAGUGUUGUGGAUCAGUUUUGGGGCCAGAGGCUGAAAUUCUUGACCUCUUUAGCCAGGCACUUAUCUUGAAAGCCAGGCUUUGUGAAGGUGAAAAGGGAUUGCUUAACUCCACAGCUCCCCCUUUAAUGCGGCAAGAGCCUGGCCUGGUGGACUAGAUCAGCCAGUUCCAGACAAGACCAUAGCUAAGGGGUUUGAAAUUUAUCCUUAGAAGCCAUUUCAGGGUUUUAAGGAGUAAAACAGCACAAUUGAAUCUCUGGUGCUGGGCCUGAGGUGACAGCAUUUGUUGCAUUGCAGUUUGGGUCAAAAUGCAGGCCUGGUUGUGUUCCCAGAAUGAACAAGAGAUGACCCUUCAUAGCAACGUGGUCCUGGCAGAGCAGCUGAUACCAGUGAGUUCUCCUUGACAUUAGCCAGACUUCUGGCUCAUGGUUUUCCCAAGUCUCGUUGCUGCCACAGGCCUCCAUAGGCAGACAGUGACUCUGCUUCCACUCAGCACCUCCUCAUUCCCAGCACAGAGGCCUGAAUUGCCCCCACAUUGCUCAGGCUCUGGUUAGGAGUCAGCCUGAGGGAGCUGAGCUAGGUCACAGUAGCUCUCAUUUAUCCUCUCUGUGGUGUAAUGGUCUAGCCAUUCUUUAACGACAGUCUCAAGUCCCCACUUCUUCCUUGAAGCCUUCCUGGACCACUCCAGCCUACGCUGAUCUUUCUCCGUGACAGGAGCCAUCUUAGACAUUUCUCAGGUGGGGGGCCACAGGUGUUAUCUCCUGCAGCUCUCUGCACUCUCAUCCUUCUUGAACCUUCUUUACUGGGUUGGGGGGCAGGGGAUACACACCAAUAGGUUGAUGGGUUGAAAUUCCCUGACAGUGGCUACUGGCCCUGAAACAGAAGGAGACCACCCACACCAUGAUCCUUAGGAAGCCACUGCAACUUCCCCUGCCUCUCCUCCUUUCCCUGUGGUAGGUAGACUUUGAGAUGCCCCCCCAAGUUCCUAGCCCCUGGGGUAUGUGUACCCAGCUAUUCAAUCAAACACUAACCUAGGGGUUGCAGCAGAGGGAUUUUGCAGAAGUAAUUAAGUUCCCAAAUCUGUUGACCUUAAAAUAGGGAGAUUUUCUGUGUGGGUUUAACUGAGUCACACGAGUUUUUAAAAACUGGGUCUAGAGAUCAGAGACAGGAGAAGUCAGAGAGUCAAAGCAAGGGAGGCAUUUGACAAGGGAGAACUCUGCUGCGGGCUUUGGAACUUCUCUGCUAUGGGUGUUGGAGAUGGUGGGAGCCACAUGGCAAUCUCCGGGCACUAACAGCCAGCAAGGAGAUGGGACCUGAAUGAACUGAGAGGUGGAUUCCUCCCCCCCCACCCCCCUAGAACUUCUAGUAAAGAACUCAGCCUGCCCUAAAACAUAAGACCCUGAGCAGAGAUCCCUCCGUGCCUUGCCUGGGUCCCAGGUCUAUGGAACUGGGUGCUAAUAAAUAGGUGUUGUUUUAAGCCACUCAGUUUUUGAUAAUUUGUUAUACAGCAAUAGAAAACUAAUAAAUUCUGUCAACCCUGGUGAAAGGGAUACAAGGUAAGCACAAGUCCUGCCUUAGUCAUAUCUUACAAGAUAGGUUCAAUCUCCAUAAGCUUCUCUUUGAAAAGUCUCACCUUCCAAGAACUGUAGCCUUGGCCCAGCCAUUCAUCAUUCACAACCCAUUUAUUGACGACCUGCUCUGUGCUCAGUGGUCAGGACGUUUGCCAAGCUCCAGGGCACCAGUAAGUGUUCGCUGGCAUCUUAGACUCUUGUUUUGGGAAUUCAAAGUUGGUGGGUUUGAGUCCCACCUGCUGAAUUGGAAUCCUAAUUAUCAAAGAAGAUUGAUCUUGUAAUUAUUGUCUUUUUGGUAGCUCUUUUUCCAUCUAGCCUGGCACUUAGUAAGCGCUGCAUAAAUAUUUGGUGACUGAGUUAAUAUCUGGGCAGCUUUGCCGCUUCCCAAAGUCUUCCUCCACAGAGGAGAGAUCGCCUACAUCCUUCAUUGUUUAGCUUCAGAUGGAAAACGUGCGUGUCGGGCAGGAACCCGCCCCAAUGCUGAAAGCAAAUCUGAGUAAGAGGGAUGUUCUCGGGCUGGAAAACUUUACUGUUCUCUGACUUUAGGGUUUCUGCCAAUUUAGACAUGUGACAAAAUGUCCUGUUUGUACUUACUGUGUGUAUAAGAGCUGUUCUGGCAGGCGGAGGGCUUUUUAAACAUCUCAUCCCACUGCUUUACACAUCUCCAGGGUGGCUGAGUAGUUGGGGAGUGGUGGUGUUACCAGAACCUGACAGCAUGGGCUCAGGAAGCAAGGCUGCAGCAUCAAGUUGCUAUUGCACUUGUGAAAUGUCCAACUGGUGUGAAAGCAAAGGCAUUGCGGGAGUGGGAGGCAGGCCCAACUGGCACGAGUGGUGGACAUUGAACUGGUAGGGGAAAGCCAUUCUCUUUCUCUGGAGAAGGGGGGGAAUCCACCCUACUUUAGGAAUAAAACACUACACAUAGGGUAUUUGGGCCAGAGCCAGUUAUUGGACCUUAUCUAUUCUAUUAGGCUUUAUUUAUUAUAGAACAUAUAAUGUAAAUAUAUAUCACAUAUAUUAUAAUAUGUAUUAUAAUUUUUUGAAAGGCAUGAUAUACUCAGCAGAGACAAAGCUUUCUGGGAAAUUUAUGUGUCUUUCUAUAUGCUGCCAUUCUGAAGGAUUAAAUACCAUGUUGAAAUGACAGCUGCAUAUUUUCUAUAUUUAAAAGACAGCUGAUAGGUUGUCACUUUUUCAAGUUCAAGUUUGUCUUGACAGGUUCAGCAAAUAGGUCGCCUUGGUGAUUGAAGGUUGCUGUCUCGAGGGUGAAGGGAACUUCUGAAGGAACAAGCUGUUCUCCUUCUUAGAUUUUAGAGAUUCAUUAUCCAAUUUCUUGCAUGCCCACUUUCUCCAGGAAGCCUGCCUGGGCUGGCUUUAGCCUGCUUCGAUCACUCCAGCAGAUUUUUGCGUUUCAUUUGGUGGUUCGUUUAUGAAGUGUUUACGAAACUUAAAUUGUGUGUAUAAUGUCAUUUGUACCAUAGAGAUUAAGAGGUUGGUUCCUCCUUUCAAGGAGCUUAAUAUUUCUCUAGUUGGGACAUCAAAUAUAGGGGUGGAGUCUUGGAGAAGCCCACAAAUACCACCUGAUGCAGGGUCUGGGGCAGUGGCUGUUUAUAAAGUAAGCUUAUACGUUGCCAGAAUUGUUAAUAGAGUGGUUGAGUGGACUUCAUGCCAGAGAUGUUGCCUGCACUCUGGGUAGUACUCAUCGUUUGGUCCAUGGACCAGCAGUAUCAGCCUCUACUGGGACAUUAUAAAAUGCAGAGUGCUGGGCCACACCACACCAAGUGAAUUACAAUCUCACUGUAAGCAGAUCCCUGUGGUUCCUAUAACCUAAACUACAGGGGUGAGGAUCACUGAUCUGUAACAGUGGAAGGGAUUCUUUGACUCAAAGACUAGAAAAGGAUGAAUUAGGAAUGACGAAACUCUCCAGUUGAGAUAAGAACUAUCAAUCGCUUGUGUAGUUGUAACUACACAACUAUCCUUAACACCUAAGCAUAAGAAACUUCACAUUAUUUUUUAGAAGAAAGUUAAACCUGGCUUUAAGCCUCUAUUUUCAAUGUGGUGAAAAUUUUAAUCUCAGUAACAUUUUAGGGGGGAGGGUUUCCUCUUUCCCAUGUUGUAUCAAAAUUCAAGGGACAUAUGAGGGGCCCAGAAAAUGAGGCAUUUGGUCUCUUGUUCAAAGUACUUCCUGUUGCUCCUUCUGUUCCAUGAUUCUGCUGCCAAGGCUGGCCAGAGGACUGGGGCCAGCUAGCCAAAAGGCCGGCCUUUGUAUUUUAUCUCCGUUCCUCAUAACAUCAUCAGCACGAGGAUAUCAUUAUCCUCACUCUGCAGAAUUGCCCAGCGUCACCAACACUUGCAAUUUGAGCUGGGAUCUGCCAUGUUCCAGAGUCCAUGUUCUUUCCUUGAGCAGAGAGAUGGUACCUUAAAAGAGGACAGGCCAGGCGCGGUGGCCCACGCCUAUAAUCUUAGCACUCUGGGAGGCCGAAGCGGGAGGAUUG